AUUUCCUAUCAGCCUAUUCAGACAACAUCACCAACAGCUUGGUCUGUGCAUGUGUGUGUGUGUAUGGGAGCAAAGCAGAGAGUGAGAGAGAGGCAGCGCACGAGAGGCAGAGGGAGAGAGAGAGCGACACAGACAGAGAGAGAGAGAGCGAGCGGGGAAGGGGGAGGCUACAUUUUCUUUCACCUACCCCCCGUCAAACCACAGGAAGGAGGGGCCAGACCCUAAGCUGCCAAUCAAAUCCACUCGUGGCAGCCGGCAUUAUCUCAGCAACAAACUAUUGACAGAUUACAUGUCAAGGAGUUUAGUGCAUGAUUGAAGGAAGCCUUUUUUUUUUAAUCUAGUUACUUUUCCGCUUUAUUUUCCCCUCCACCAACCAACAUUCGAAUGACUUUCUAACAGAGUUGAGUAAUAUUAUGAAAGUUACAUGUCUGAGAGGAUUUAACUUCGACUUCCCUGAAUAUGCUGAAAGGAGUUUAUGCACUGAAACGACCUCAGGAAAAUCCAAGAUGGCCGCCAAAAGGAAAGGUGGCCUAAAACUCAAUGCUAUCUGUGCCAAGCUGAGCCGCCAGGUGGUGUUCGACAGCAGCUCCCAGAAUGCAGAGGGAGACCAGAGUGUAGCAGAAAACAGUGAGCGUGGCAGUUCCCACUACGAUGACAAUGAGACCAACUUCCCCGAAAGCCUGAGCCUAAGUCAGAGCCUCGAGGAGGACCAGAAGAGACGUGAGGCCAUCGAGAAGUGGGUCAACGGCGAGUACGGCGAUGAGCCGCCAGCUCCUGAGGAUGAGCAGGAGCAUGAACUCAAAGUCAGCAAUGACGAAGAUGGCCCUCCCGAGGGCGUGUACAUGGUACAGCCCAAAGGCUGCAGCGACGAGGAAGACAACGCAGAGGAGGAGGAGCCUGCGGCAGGGUCUCACGAUGGCAGUUACCAUGACGACAAAGAAGCUGAAGACAGGCCCUCAAAAGACAACACCUACAUGCCACAAAGCGAGGCCCAGAGUCGCCAAGCACCUUUCUCCUCUCCAGGAGAAGCAUCUGCCCUGCGAGACUAUGCAGCCAAUACCAUGAAUGAGUUUUUGGGAAUGUUCGGUUAUGAUGACCAGCAGGUAAGGGAUGAGCUGACCAAGAAGAUCAGCUUUGAGAAGCUCAAAGCCGCUACCUCAGACCCCUCAUCCCUCAGCAGUGAGGAGGCCUCACGGCGUGCCCGCUUCUCCAAGUACGAAGAGUACAUUCGCAAGCUAAAAGCCGGCGAGACCCUACCUUGGCCCAUGCAUGCUUCCCCACCCAAACCAGACGACCUCAACUCAAAACUGGCCCAAGACAAGAGUGCUACCAUGCUCCAGACCUCCGGGUGCCUCCCAGGGGCCGAGGCACAGAUCUACUCCUCCAGCCUGGACCAUAAACAGCCAGGAGGACCUCAGCUGGGCACAUCUCAGCCACCCAAUCCCUCUCACAUGCAGAACAUGGCGUCCCGUGCCUCCAAGUAUGACUUCUUUAUCCAGAAACUGAAGAUGGGUGAGAGUCUGCAGCAGCAGAACGGUAAUGCUUACAAGCGACCCUCAAAGUAUGACCUGGAGAACGUCAAGUUUCUGCACCUCUUCAAGCCUGGCGAGGGCAACCCUGACAUGGGUGGUGCCAUCGCCUUUAAGACUGGCAAAGUUGGCCGCCCUUCGAAGUAUGACAUCAGAACAAUCCAGAAGCUGAUCCCAGGAAAUCCUGAGGCCUCACUGAUGCCUAACGUCCUCGCUACAGCACCAGGGAACCCAGGAGCUCCUGGUGUCCCUGCCGUCGGUGCAGCUGGGGCCAGCAUCACUCCAGGGCUCACAAUGGACCAGACAGCACACAUAAGCUUCGACUACCUGAAGUCCAGCUUUUCCAAGACUGACUCCAUCACCACAGGCACUGUGUCCUCCGUUAAGAAUGGCCUGCCACCAGAUAAACCCGCCAGCGACGACGUCAACCUCUACCAGAAAUAUAUUGCCAGGUUCUCUGGAAGUCAACACUGUGGGCACGUGCACUGUGCCUACCAGUACAGAGAGCAUUACCACUGCAUGGACCCUGAGUGUAACUACCAGGUGAGCAGGUUUACCAGUAAGCAAGAUGUAAUCAGGCACUACAACAUGCACAAGAAGAGGGACAACUCCCUGCAGCAUGGAUUCAUGCGCUUCAGCCCUCUGGACGACUGCAGUGUUUACUACCAUGGCUGCCACCUCAAUGGAAAAAGCACCCAUUACCACUGCAUGCAGGUGGGCUGCAGCAAGGUGUACACCAGCACCUCAGAUGUUAUGACCCAUGAAAACUUCCAUAAAAAGAAUGCCCAGCUGAUCAACGAUGGCUUCCAGAGAUUUCGUGCCACUGAGGACUGUGGCACAGUUGGGUGUCAGUUCUAUGGGCAGAAGACUACACACUUCCACUGCAGGCGCCCAGGCUGCACAUUCACCUUCAAGAACAAGUGUGACAUUGAGAAGCACAAGAGCUACCACAUCAAGGAUGAUGCCUAUGCCAAAGAUGGCUUCAAGAAGUUCUACAAGUAUGAGGAGUGCAAGUACGAAGGCUGCGUGUACAGCAAAGCCACCAACCACUUCCACUGCAUCCGUUCCGGCUGCGGCUUCACCUUUACCUCCACCAGCCAGAUGACCUCCCACAAGCGCAAACAUGAGCGACGGCACAUCCGCUCCUCAGGCGUCAUGAGCCUCUCUUCCACCUUCCUGCCACAGAAGGACGAGCCAGAGGAAUCGAGCAACGAUGACCUGAUGGAUUUCUCAGCCAUCAGCAGCAAGAACUCAAGCCUGAGUGCCUCGCCCACGACCCAGCAGUCCACCACUGUACCGCACCUGUUGGCCACGCCUACAACUGCUGUCUCCUCCUCCUCUACAACAGGCCACACCCUCAAGCCUACACCCUCAUUGUCCAGUGCGGGCCAGCGUAUGUCCAAUUUGCUGUCCCAGGCCCUGCCCAGCAACAUGCCGGUGGCCCUUGCUCUUUCCAACAGCGCCCUGGCCGCCAACCCAUUCUUCCCCCUCAUGCCCAGGCUGCCUCUUCAGCCACCUCCACCAGCUGCUAGCCUGAUAUCAGCUGCAUCCUCUGGGGCCCACUCCAUGCCCACCGACUCACUGACCCAAGGUUGCUCCACAGGGGGGGCAGACGGAGUCAUGGCGUCUACCCCGACCUCCUUUGCCACCUCGUCCAUCAUGGAGAAGAUCUCAGCAAGCAAAGGCCUGAUAUCACCCAUGAUGGCCAGACUGGCGGCUGCUGCCCUGAAGCCCGCCAACAACCCAGAUACAGGGAAUGGGCAGCCGGCUUCAGCCAGCCAGUUCAAUCUGGUUCAAGUGAAGCAGGAGCCAGUGGACGGCAACUCUGGGGCCUCCCAAGACUCUACGCAGGAGCACAGCCUGGACCUGAGCAAGAAAGACCACAGUAAUGAAUCAAACGGACACCCUGUACCAGGGAAUACAUCUCUUUUAUCCUCGCUUAUGAAUAAGAUGACACAGGUGAACCCUGCCCUCUUCAACGCCAUGAACCUGAAGACAGAGCUGGAGCAGGGACAGGGAAGCGACAUCUCAGAGGCAACACAGUAUCUGAACAGAGUGCUGAAAAGGCCCCUGCUAGAAAAACCCACUGAGAUCUGGAGGACAUACCUCCGCAGGUUUGACACAGAUGACUUCUGUGAGGCUCAGUGUGACUUCCUUCAGAAAGUGCACUUUCAUUGCCUGGUCGAAGACUGUGGUGCACUCUUCAGCACAGUGGAUGGGGCCAUAAAACAUGCUAACUUUCACCUCCGAGCCACCUUGAAAGUGAAGUCAGAGCCUCAGUUCAGUGAGGGCAAGGACUCCGGUGAGGGAGCCCCUCUGCAGCCUGCUGCCCCGGUCUCUAUGGCCAACAAUCCCUCCAUGGAUGUGGCGCAUCUCACCUCCUCUGGGGGCUACAACUCUCCUUCUUCCUCCCUGCUUGCCUGGAAGCAGCUGACUGGCAGUAUCCCUCAGAUGCCGGCCUCGAUGCCCAACCUGCCAGCCAACUCCCCUCUGGCCACCACCUCUCUGGAGAAUGCUAAGCCACAAGUCAAACCAGGUUUCCUGCAGUUCCAGGAAAAUGAUCCCUGUUUGGCUACUGACUGUAAGUACUCAAACAAGUUCCACUUCCACUGCUUGUUCGGGAAUUGCAAGUAUGUGUGCAAGACCUCUGGCAAGGCCGAGUCCCACUGUUUGGACCACAUCAACCCCAGCAACAACCUGGUCAACAUCCGUGAUCAGUUUUCCUACUACUCUCUCCAGUGUCUCUGUCCCAACCAGCACUGUGAGUUCAGAAUGAGGGGCCACUAUCACUGUCUGCGGCCCGGCUGCUUCUUUGUCACUAACAUCACCACCAAGCUCCCGUGGCACAUCAAGAAGCACGAGAAGGCAGAGCGCCGUGCCGCCAAUGGUUUCAAAUAUUUCACCAAAAGGGAGGAGUGUGGCAGGCUGGGUUGUAAGUAUAACCAAGUCAACAGCCAUUUCCACUGCAUCCGUGAGGGUUGCCAGUUCUCCUUCCUGCUCAAGCACCAGAUGACCUCACACGCACGCAAACACAUGAGGCGGAUGCUGGGGAAGAACUUUGACAGAGUCCCAUCCCAGGUGAUGCCACUCAGUCAGAGGGCAGAUGACAUGCAGCAUGCGUCUGGCAUGGUGUCCGGGUCCAUAGCGACCCAGCCCGGUAUGAACCCCAAUUUCUCCUCAGCCAUCAUGGAUGAGACUGAUGAUUACAUGGACUACAUGGGAGGAGGAGGCAGCCCCUUGGGCCUCUCCUCCGAGUCCUCCAACCAGGAUCGGAGCUGCACCAGCACACCAGUAGGCAACGAUGGCUCUCCAGCAGGACAAGGCUGCCCCGCCACCACUUCUGCUCCUACCACCCCUGCUGACACUAGCGCUACCCAAAAUGCACCUCCUUCUUCCCCUCCUCCACCACCACCACCUCCUCCCUCCGCUCCUCAGCCUGGUCUCCAGUCCCAGGCCCCAUCCCUCUCUCCUGCUCUCCUCCGACCUCCUCUCCCCUCACUCCCAUACCUUCUCUCUCCAUCCUGUCUGUCAUACUCUCUGCUCAGCGCCUCUCUGGGAGCCACUCGGAGUGUUGUCAUGCCAACCAACACACCAGCUUUCAGCCCCAUCAUUGCCACUCCGUCUCCGGUUAAAAAUGACGUCCCUAUAGUGCAGGAUGCUGCAGGCAACACCAUCUCCAUUCCCACGGCCACCGGUGCAAAAAAGCGCUUCUGGAUCAUUGAGGACAUGUCACCAUUUGGCAAGCGCCGCAAGACUGCAUCGUCACGUAAGAUGCUGGAUGAGGGGAUGAUGCUGGAGGGCUUCCGGCGCUAUGACCUCUAUGAGAACUGCAAGGACUCAAGUUGCCAGUUUUCUCUGAAGGUGACCCACUACCACUGCACACGUGAAAACUGUGGCUACAAGUUCUGCGGCCGCACUCACAUGUACAAGCAUGCGCAGCACCACGACCGCGUGGACAACCUGGUCCUGGACGACUUCAAGCGCUUCAAAUCCUCGCUCAGCUGCAACUUCCCUGACUGCCAGUUUUCAGGCAACAGCACCCACUUCCACUGUCUUCGCUGUGGCUUCCGCUGCACCGACAGCACCAAGGUGACGGCCCACCGCAAGCACCACGGCAAGCAAGAUGUGAUCAGUGCCGCUGGGUUCUGCCAGUUCAGCUCCAGCGCUGAUUGUGAGGUUCCCGACUGCAAAUAUAAGCUCAAAUGCUCACACUUCCACUGCACCUUCCCCGAGUGUAAGCACACAGUGGUGGGCAUGUCCCAGAUGGACUCCCACAAGAGAAAGCAUGAGAAGCAGGAGAGGGGUGAGCUGCCGUCUGUGUCACCCAAACAGGAAGGAGUGCACCACCUGGGAGGAAGUUUGUCGGCGGUGCCUCCAGCCUCCAUGGGUCUUUCUACUUCCUCCCCCGGUGGCCUCCAUGGGUUGUCCCACAACAUUAACAGCAGUGCUCCCUCCAUGCUCUACCCAGCAGGUGGCAUGGGGUCUGACUAUAACCACCCAUACCCGCCGUCCACCAUCAGCCUGGACAGCUCCCUCAACCUGGGCACAGACACCAGCAGCUCCCUGUUCUUCCUGAAGAACGCAGCCGGUCUGGGUCUCAGUGACUCACUGGACCUCAGCAAGAAGAUUCACCAUGAUGUAGCGAGAUCUGGCCGCAACCCCACACCCCCGCUAAGUCUGCCGGCAGCUCAGGACGACACCACAGGAACAUCUGGAGAAGCUGAAGACGACCUGUCGCCAGAAGAGGAGGCUCACGCAGAAGAGGAGGAUGACGAAGAGGAGGAGGAAGAGGAGGAGGCAGAGGAGGAUCUCAACACUGAUUCGAAUGAUGAUUCGAUGGCGGAGCCUGAUGGCGAAAAGGACAAUGAUGAGAGUUUUGAUGCUUCCGUUAACCACACUGAUACUUCCCAACUGGAAAAGCAAGAUGCUGACCCAUGAAAAAUUAAAUAAAUAAAUAAAAAUAACAUUGACUGUAGGAACUGAAGAAAAACCCUGUGUACUAUGAACAAACAAAAAUGAAAGUGGCCUCAUUUAUCAUGUUUAGACACUUGAGAUGUCAACAAAAAAACAACAGCGUGGAGAAAAUGACGGCCCAAAAUGAUUUAUUAUGAUGUUUACAAGAUGACCAACAUUAUUAAUUCAAUUAUGCAUUAAAAAAUAUGAACGGAGACACACAGAAUUAGGCCCUGUUUUACACAUGGGGCAGCAAUGUAAAGCAUUUUACUACACAUCAGUCUUUUUGUGUGCGUGCAUGUUUGACUUUAAUUUAUUUUUAUUUUUUUUCACUUUUUUGUGUGUGGAAAAAAAAACGUUAGAAAAACAAAAACAAAUCUCUCUAUAUAACUAUAUAUGUAAGUGUGUGUGUGAACGAUGAUAUACAAAAGGAAAUUGCUGGCACGGGCAACAUGAACUGCAAGGCCGUGGAUACAUAGAAAAAGGGACGUGAAUCACUAAGGGGAAACAGGACGCGUUCAAACAUUUGAUCUUUGAUCUUUUUUUUCUGUAUUAAUAUUAUAUUAUUAUUAUUAAUUAUUAUUAUUAUUAGACACAGAGAGAAAAGGGGGUUACAUUUUGCUUGUUCCCAUCUCUCUCAGGUGUUUUUCUUUGUUCUCAAUGACAUGUGGAAUUGACCAGUAACUGUUUGGUCAGUCUCAGCUGCAGUUGGGCGUCCAGCAAGUCGCCAGUCUCAACAGUUCUCUCUGACAUUCUGCUAGAAAUGUUCUACUAGCACCAAAACCAAGCUCAGCCCUUGUAAUUUUACACCCCCUGUGGAGGAAUCAAGUUUGUGUGUGGGUAGUGCACUUUUAUAUUAGCUGACCAUGAUGAUACCGAUGAUGAUAGAUAACUCAUAAGCAUAUUUAAAAAUAUUUUUGUUACCAUUUGCAUCUUUGCAUUACAAUGUCGUUUUGUUGUGUUGUUAGUCAGAAGCAUAUCGAUCUGUAAGCAGGCGAGGUCGUGAUUUAACGCCUGACGAGUCGGGUUGGGGGGUGGGGGUGGGUGCGGCAAAGGGUGGGAUUCAGAGUGACCAGAGGAAACAAUGAGUCACUGAGAUGCAGCGAGGGGGACAACGGAGGAAGCGUCAGGGAGUGUGUUUUAUGUUGAAAAUGUACAGACCGAAAAUGUCUCAACGGCAUUUUGUUUUCCAUUCACUAUGGCUGUGGUUGAGCUCCUGUUGUAACGGUUUUUAUUUAAUAUUUAUGUGACCUUCCAAUGAGAAAUUUUUAGGGUGUUAUUGCACUUUUUAGGUUCAUUUUUACCGUCUGAAAAAAAAAAAUCUUUUAACAGGGAAUUUGCUUUAAAGAUGUUGUUUUAGUUCACUUUUGCUUUAAUGCACAAAUAGAUGUUAGUGUGACAAAGAACUGUUGUUCUGUGAUUUAUUUAAAGACUGGGUUUUAUUUUGCUUCUGUGAUUGGACAGUUUGAAAAAAAAAAAAAAAAGGAAAUGGGUGUGCAAGAAAAA